AUGGAGAAUGGCCAAACACAACCGGAUAACAUCUUGUCACAUGUUCUAUCAGAGCUGAUUUAUAUGGCAGGAGCUGGUAUUCCAGCGAUGAGUACCAGGCAUCAGUAUGCUACCAUCAUUCACAAUGUUGGUGAAGAGAGGAUGGAAAACAGCCAACCCCAAAUUGAUAAUGUCUUGUCAACUAUUCCACCACGGGUUCGUCAUAUGGCAGCAGCUGAUGCUACCGUCACUCACAAUGUCCACAAAGACAGAAUGGAAAAUGGCCAACCCCAACCUGAUCACUACUUGUCAACUGGUCUGACAGAGCUUAUUAAUAUGGCAGCGGCUGAUAUUCCGUUUAUGAGUACCAGGGAUCUUUAUGCUACUGUCACUCACAAUGUGUAUGAACAGAAGAUGGAAAAUGGCCAACCAGCACCUGAUAACAUGUUGUUGACCCUUCCACCAGGGCUUAUUAAUAUGGCAGCCACUGAUAUUUCAUCCAUGAGUACCAGGGAUCCGUAUGCUACUGUCACUCACAGUGUCUGUGAAGAGAGGAUGGAAAAUAACCAACCACAACCUAAUAAUGUCAUGUCAACUCUUCCACUACGGCUUAGUUAUUUGGCAACAGCUGUUAUUCCAGCCAUGAGUACCAGGGAUCAGUAUGCUACUGUCACUCACAAUGUCCAUGAAGAGAAGACAAAAAAUGGCCAACCAGCGCCCGAUAAUGUCAUCGCAACUGUUCCACCAGCACUUACUAAUACGGCAGCAGCUGGUGUUUCAUCCAUGAGUACCAGGGAUCAAUAUACUGCAGUCACUCACAAUGUCCAUGAAGAGAAUAUAAAUAAUGGCUAA